AUGGCUCUGCUGGUCUCAUUUCCUGUCGGAAUUCCAGACAUGGCCUGGGUCCUGCUUCUGCUGCUGCCAGCAGGCUGCCUGCAAGCUGGGAACUCAGCAGGAUCCAACAGAGUAAAUACGUUUGGUGUCAACCAACCAGAAAACCUCUCUGGUGUGCAGGGCGGCUCCAUCGAGAUCCCCUUCUCCUUCUACUUCCCCUGGGAGUUGGCAAAGGAUCCACAGAUGUGGAUUCUCUGGAGAUGGCAGCAGUUCCAUGGGGAAUUGAUCUACAACUCUUCCUCGGGUUUCAUCCAUGAGCAUUUCAAGGACCGGUUCAUCCUGAACUGGACACAGCCUCAGACAUCCGGAGUCCUCAGAAUCCUGGACUUAAAGGAGAAGGACCAGACAGUGUACUUCGGCAGAGUUUGUUUGAAAACGACAAAGCGCGUGGAAGUUUUUCAGUCGAUCAAAGGGACCUAUCUCACCAUCACCCGUGCCCCCAGGACCACCUCUCCAAGCCCCACCACUGCAACUUCUACACGCACCAAAAACACCCUCACGGCCACAGAAGGUCAGAUGAGCAGAGAAAAUAAGACCCUGGAUCUGGGAACCACAGUUGGGUUGGCAGUGGCUGCUGCUGUACUCCUGGCUGGGGUUUUGGGAUUGAUGGUGUUCCUCAGGUGGAAGAGGAGGAAAGGCCAGAGGACUAAAGCCAAAACCCCAGCCAGGGAACUUAUUGAAAACACUGAGAAAUGUGAGCAAGUUGAGCCCAAAGGACAACAUAUGGAAGCCAAAGAGAACCCCAAGGACAACAACAUCGUGUAUGCCUCCAUUGCCCUCACAAGCCCGACCUCCCCAGGAACACCAGCCUGCCUGCCUGUCCAUGAGAACCUUCAGGAAGAGACUGUAUACUCCAUCGUAAAGACCAAAUGAGCAGGUCUGGGUGACCAUCUCAGAGUCACCUUUGCUUCUAGUAGGAAGACUCCCAGCUUCCACUGAUACCCACA